AUGAGCACAUUUCAGCAUCUUCAGAUACUUGGGAGUCUGGAAGACCAGAAGCGGAUUUUGGAUGUUUUGAAUGGCCUCAAGCCUUGGCUGCACGGUAAUGCGAAAGCGACGGAUGCCGAUGAGAAUGGAAUUAUCCCCAUCUGGACGGAUCAAAUUGAUCAAGCUACAUCAGCGAUUCGGCGACUGAUUUAUGAGGGAACUACGCGACCGGCAGAGACGCCACAGAACUUACCGUUUGCGAUUUAUACCGCUUUGCAAAUUAGUGAGGCGCCUGCGGUGGACGGAGUGAUAUUGAGUCCCGCGCAGUCGAUUUGGGUGGAACAACCGGCACUUCUAGGAGGGGGAAUGACCUUUUUAAUCGUCCAACCGAUUUAUCCAACUCGAAUACUUUUGAAUGGGAGAAGUGUAUCGGAAGACGACGAAGCAAUAUUGGAUCUCCAUAAGCUGCUCCAUGAUGUGCGUUGGUACAAGGGAAUCAUUCGCAGUAACAAGCUGGAUUAUGUGUGUCCAUCUUGUAAAAAAGGAUACCAUGAAAGAUUCCAAUUGGCGGAACAUUUCAAAAAGAGCACGGAGUCAGAGGCAGACAACGAGCGUCACAAGAAGCUACGCAUGAUAAAACGGAAUGGUGAUUGGAGGAUGUUUGUUCAGGGGAUGGAAGAGUCUCUAGGUCCAAUUCAGGCGCAAAGUCUUCGAGAUGGGUCCAGUUGUUUCGAAGAGAAUUUCCUGAGACAGAUAAGUUACAAGGCAUAUUGCUGCACUCGGCAUGAUGCGACAUACCAGGAAGACUGUAUGUCUAUUGCGACAUCUGGAACAUAUAGUCUCGCAGAUCACCAGGAUAUCAACAACAAGAAGGAGAAUCAUGGGCCAGAAACUAGCAAUGUAAUGGUUGAUGCGGAAUCUAAAGAUUGCAGGCUGUCUCGCAGGCAAGCAUCCACAAUUCGAACCCGGUGCUCGUAA